AUGGAGGCAAAUAAUCAUUUCAACUAUGGCACCCAUUCCUCAGCAAACUCAGGACUGAAACGUUCCUCAGGGGAUUCUCUUUAUACAAAUGGUUCCUCCAUGAGUUUUCCUCAGCAAGGAAAGAAUACGAAUGGCGAAAUGAAUGUGAAUGGCAUCACUACUGUACUCGGGUCCAGUGCACCUGCUCCCCAACCACCUUCCAGUCCUUACCCACAUAUCAGCAACCACCACCAGAGCAGCAUGGACUACCUGUGGGGAGGACAUCCUCAGUACAGUCCAACCAUGGCCACCUCUCCAGGGCAUAGUUUGCACCAGAAGCAGCCGGCACCAGGUAUGGUGCCACCUCAGUCACAACAUCACUUCCAGGCUCAAGGACCGUACCAAGCGAAUGGGGAUAUGGAGACCCCCCAGCAGUCACCAAUGGCAGGCCCAUCAAAUAUGCCCCCAACCGGCAGUCAGUUCUGGAACAGAAGUAACCCUGCCACUCAGGCCGCUGCUUACAGUUCCCGCACCGCGUAUGGGACGUAUGAGAGUCAGUCCCCUCCAUCACAGCAUCACCUCCAUUCCCACCUGCGGCCACCCCUUCACCUCCCGCAGCAAUAUGGCGUAAUGUCAAAUGGGAUGCCGUACUACCAGCAGCACCACACGGCUCUGCCAACUCCCCAGCACACAAAACAGUCUGCGGGUCCAAGGUUGCAAAAUUUUGCACCCUCACAUGACACAGAGAGGGGAGCCUCAAGAGCAUCAGCGACUGUGGAGGAUGGAGGAUCUCUCAUGAGCAGGGAAAAGCCCACCCAUGGUAGCAACGCAUCUCCUUCCAUGCAAGUGCAUACUAGAGAGGAAGGCAAGGAAGCAAACGCAGAUGGUAAUCGCUCAGAGGAGGCAGCUGUCAGACAUACAGUUGAUAUCCAUGAGAAAUCUGAAAAGCCAACUGCCCCACUACCAGAGGGCAUCAGAGAGGCUGGAGCAAGCACACCUCCUGGCACAACACUCACUGGAAACGUAUCUGCUGCAACAACGUCUCUGAAUAAGGUGUCUGCUGCGUCGACUGUUGAAUCUCCCAUGGCUUCCUCUCUAUCCACUAUUGGUUCUUACCCUGAUGUCAAAUCUACUCCACCCAAGGCAUCAUCAGUUCCUCCUCCCAGACAUUCCUCACCUCCUUUCCCUCCUGCUACCGAGAUAGCACUUCCUGGAUCUAAACAGCUGCUGGCAGGGUCCCCUCCUUCCUCUUCCCCCGCAACACAUCCAAAGUUUUGUCCACCUCCGGGCUUGACUGACAGUGUUUCUGGACAUCCUUGGGUAUCUUCAUCUGAGUCUCAGUUGCAUCAUUCAGUUUCUGGACCAAAAACAUCUGUCUUAGCACCUGCCAUAGUGUCCACAUCAUCUUACGCUGGUUCUACACCCAUCUCCUCUCUUCAACAAAUGGUUCAAGGCUCCAAGAUCCCUCUGUUGUCUGCUGGAAACUCAAACCUAUGUGAUGCAUCAGGUAGCGUCUGUUCUUCGAUCACGUCACCAUCGGGAGGGUCAUCUGCUGGCAUGUUGCUCCCAUCACACGGAAUGUCUUCUGCUGGCGGUAAACACGCAGCCAUGCCCCAGCAUGACUCCUUGUACGCGGCGCCAGCUGUCGGCUCUGGUCAAGCCAUUGCUUCUGUGUCACCGCCACCAGAGGGGCUCAAUUUACCCUCCCAGCCAGCCCGGGAGGGACCCUCAUUCACUGCCCUACCUCCACAACCCACGCAGGGCUCCAGGGUUGCACCGGUCUCUUUCCCUUUUGCCUUGGCAUCCUUGCCUCCCGCAACAUCUCCCGACAUGAUUCCGAGUUCUGAUUCUGCGCAUCAUCUUUCCACUCCAUCUCCUGUCAGCGUCUUAAAUCAGUUCCCUCUGUUGUCAGAGCACCAAGGUCUCAGUACCAAGGAGAAAGACAUAGUACUGAGAAUGGGCGGAAUGGUGGUAGACUCCUUGUACGCGGCGCCAGCUGCCGGCUCUGGUCAAGCCAUUGCUUCUGUGUCACCGCCACCAGAGGGCCUCAAUUUACCCUCCCAGUCAGCCCAGGAGGGACCCUCAUUCACUGCCCUACCUCCACAACCCACGCAGGGCUCCAGGGUUGCACCGGUCUCUUUCCCUUUCGCCUUGGCAUCAGUGCUUCCCGCAACAUCUACCGAAAUGAUUCCGAGUUCUGAUUCUGCGCAUCAUCUUUCCACUCAGUCUCCUGUCAGCGUCUUAAAUCAGUUGCCUCUGUGGUCAGAACACCAAGGUCUCCGUACCAAGGAGAAAGGCUUAGUACUGAGAAUGGGCACAAUGGUGGUAGACUGUCUCCCUCAUCUUGAGUCAGGCAAAGUCAAGAUGCACAAAGCUUCCGACCCUCAGAAAUCAAUUGAUCUUCCAGAACAGCCUUUACUGACUGAGCGUCAGCCCAGCAAUACACAAAAGGGGCCAAUGGCCAGAGGCAACAACGUUGGUGAUGUGCCAAAUGCAGAGCAAACCCCGAGCAGAAUUUCGGCGCUUCUUCACCGUCCCAGUGCCAGACGCUCCUCCCUGACUUCUGAAACAAGUUUUGACCACUCUUUCCUCACCGCCUCCCGAUAUGGUGACAGCUCAGCUUGCAGCACGCCGUCAAGACUCUAUAGCUGUUCCCUGUUAGAUAAGUCCUCCGCUAACACCACCUCACGCCUGCAUGACUCCAGCAGCUUUGGCAACAGCUUUCACCUUGGAAAUGACACGUCCCAUACAGAAGAGCAACCAUCUUCUAUUUAUGAGACCACGAGAGAUGGCAGGUUGUCGGUGGACUAUUCAAGUCUGAACUCCACCCAUGAAGCGGGGGAGUCCAUGUUGGAGUCUUCUAUGAAUAAUACUUCAUUUGGGGCAUCUCAUCCACGUCACCAAGCAGGCUGGCCUUUCGUAGGUCUUCAUGCAGCAGACACGGAUGCAGUCAGUAAAAGACCCACAGCAGUCGAGAUCGUGACUCCGCCAAGCUUCAAGAUGAGAGAUGAGAACUUCAUUGCCUUCAGCACCCCGGCACAAAGACUCGCUGUACACCCGCUGCAGCCAGUCACAGAUCAGGUGUUGUCAGCCACUGGAGGACGCCUGAAAAACACAGGAAAAUCUUGCAAACCGCAGUCGCCAAAGGCUUUAUGGAUCAGUAAAUCAGCUCCAGAGGAGGUCAAGAGAAAACCCCGUGGUCGAACACCAAAGGUGGAGAAGAUCAAUGCCGAAGAAGGUGACAUCAACGAGGAGGGGCCCAAGAAAAGACAAAGAAAAGCGUCUCUUAGACCAGAACAGGUCCAAGGAAAAUGUGGCCAGACUCCGCCUGAGCAAAUUGAUUCCAUCACAGCCGCCAUUGACGCGGUUCUUGCCAACACGUCAGCCAUCAGCUCACCCUUUGACAAGCCCAAGACGCUUAAAAGGACGAAGAAACAGGAGCAAGAUGGAAAGGACACGUCUAAAGACGAUGCUGGAGCAGCUGCCAGCGAUGCUGAGGACAAUGAAGAGGAAAGUGCUACAGCAGGGAAAGGCGAACCUAUCAGGAGGAGGGUUGCAACUGAACAGCAGGUCCAGUUUGCGCUGCUUCAUGGAUGGAAGCGAGAGAUUCGCGUGAGGAAGUCGAAUGAUCGCAUGAAAGGCGAAACCUGGUACUACACACCUUGCGGACGAAGAAUGAAGCAGUUCCCUGAAGUUAUUAAGUACUUGAAGAAACACCAAGGUGGCGUUGUCACCAGAGAACACUUCAGUUUCAGCCCGCGUAUGCCUGUUGGAGACUUUUAUGAAGAACGGGAAAGUCCUGAGGGUGCAAAGUGGUUUCUCUUGGCUAACGAGGAGGUUCCCUCUAUGAUCAUGGCCAUCACUGGCAGGCGAGGCCGACCGCCGAACCCGGACAAAGAGAAACCAAGCAGGGUUCGCGGCGUGAAGGCAGGCCAGGCCCGUCGGCCAGGUAGACCCCCCAAACCCAAGAUGAUUGACUUCCUUAGCAAAGUUGAUGCCAAGCUGUUGAAGAGACUUGAGGAUAAGGAAUCACUCACUGAAGAAGAAAAGGGGAGAAUGACAAAAAUCAAGAAGAAGAUGAAGAGGAAGGCCAGAAUAAGAAGAAGGGAAGAUGCACAAAUUAAAAAGACAAGAGAGGACAAAAAAAGAGCAAAGCAAGAGACCAAGAGUUUGGAAGUGAAGGCUGAACCUCAAGAUCUGGCAGCCCCUCAGUCAACUGAGCUUACACCCCAGUCUGUCAGUGAGCCCAAAAAGCCCGGUAGACGAAGGUCCGUCAAAGUUGAGGUUCCGCCUCCCGUCCAGCAGACGGAUGAAGAGAGAAUAGCCCAAGGCAAGAGGGUGCUGAGUGCCCGCGGUAAAGCCAAGGCUCUGGCCAAAGCGCAGGCCGAGGCAGAGGCAGCAGCUCGGGCUGCCCUUGCGGCCAAGAAAACCGCUGAAAGGCGAGUGCAGACGCAGAGGCGGCUGGAGGAACGCAAGAGGCAACAGCUCAUUUUAGAAGAGCUGAGGAAACCCACUGAAGACAUGUGUCUCACUGACCACAAGCCCCUGCCAGAGCUGUCCCGUGUCCCCGGCGUGGUUCUCUCAGGCACAGCCUUUGCCCACCUCCUGGCUGUGGUAGAGUUCCUUCAUGGUUACGGAAAGUUGAUUGGCCUCGACGUACCCAAGGACAUCCCCAGCCUUGCGACCUUGCAGGAAGGUCUGCUCGACAUGGGGGAAAGCCAGGGGGAAGUUCAAGAUCUGCUAAUAAAACUCAUGGAAGCUGCACUCCGGGAUCCCGGCUUGCCAUCAUAUUAUCAAUCAGUAAAGAUCCUUGGAGAUAAGCUGGUUGAGCUCCAGCUGACCCGCAGCACGGUUUCCGAGGUACUCCGCAUCUUUCUGGAAUCUCAUGGCUAUGAGACAGAGGUGUGCAACAUGCUGAGGACAAAAUCCUUUCACGCCCUGCGGCCCGAAACCAAGGCAGCCGUGCUCGGUUUUGUGGCGGAGGAGCUCAACGGUAGCAACGCAGUGACAAGUGACAUUGACAACACACUAGAGAACAUGACGACCUACAGGAAGAACAAGUGGAUUAUUGAGGGGAAACUUCGCAAGCUGAAGGCUGCACUGGCGCGCCGCACUGGCCGCUCAGAAGAACAACUCUGCUUAGAGGAAAGACGACGCAGUGCCCGAGUGGCUGAAGAGGAGAACCUCUCUCUGGAAGAGAGUGUGGAGAGAAGCAACCGCCGUAUUCGCAAAGAAGAGCCCAAACUAAGUGAUAGUGAAAGCCCUGCAAAUGCCAGCGUCCAUGACCUGGAAAGGCAGAUAGAUAAGCUAACCAAGCGACAAGUGUUCUUCCGUAAAAAGCUGCUUCAGUCGUCACAUUCCAUGCGAGUGAUAAUGUUGGGCCAGGAUCGUUAUAGGCGGAGAUAUCUGGCUCUCCCUCACCUCGGAGGAGUCCUGGUCGAGGGUCCUGAAGAGCUUCUGACCUCCGGGGAUGUUGUUAUAGCAGAGGUGCCAGUCACUUUCCUCAAAAAGGAGCCCAAAACCGAAGAGGUGCCCUUGGCCACGACGCCACCUCAUGCCAUACCUUCCUCACCAGCCUCCGAGACCCCUCAAGCCCAAACAUUGUCCCCAGAGGAAGACUCGCUCCCUGGUACCGCGUCCCUUAUGAGCACCCAAAAAGGACGAGGACGGCCCCGAAAAAUCAAACCCGAAGUGGAGCUCCACCUCCGCACGGCAAAGAUUCGGCGCCAGCGCCGAAGUAGCGUCAGAUUGGCGGAAGAAGAUGGGCCGGCGUCUCCGGUCACCACGUGUACUCAAGACCUCUCGCAGUCUGCUUUUCUCAGUUGGCUCAGCCAGUCGGGGCAUGCGCUACCCAGUGACUCCUACACAGCAGAGCCUCUAGAGGGCAGUCAACCAGAGGAGAGCGUGAAGAUUGAAGCAGAUGAUCAGAGCCAGUCGUUCAAACAGCCAAGUGACGAAAACUCUCAGAGUGAGCCUCAGGUGCCAAGUACACCGCCCACACUUGAUGCUCCACUAAUACAGUCGGACGCAGUCACGGCAUCCAUUGGCGAAGCACCUACUCACCCGGAUACGCCGGCGGCACCAGAGGAAGGUCCCGCUCUCACACAAAUGCCCUCCAUUCCUGAUUGUUCGCCUCCACCGCCUGCUCCCCUUCCUUCUGCUCAAACCCCCCCUGCACCACGGACUCCGACCACCCGCGCCAGGCCGGGCCGCAGGCGAAGGAGGGGCAGUAGAGGCAGUAGCCCCGCUCGGAGGGGCCCGCGUGGAGCCGCGGCCAAACGCAGAGGGCGCCCUCCCGUUUCUGCUUUCCAAGAGCUUGAGCAGCAGUACUUUAUACAGUUGGUAGUGAAGCCCAUACCAGCAUCAAUGGUGCGUGGCUGGUGGUGGAUCAAGGAUCAAGAUGAGCUGUUCAGCACACUACAGGCUCUCCAUCCACGAGGCAUCCGAGAAAAAGUGCUCCAUAAACACCUAGCCAAACACAUGGAGAGUUUAACGGAAAUAUGCACCAGAGGCAUCAGUGAUCCAAUGUUCGAAAUAAAGGAGGAGAAGAAGGAGGUGCUGCUUGAGGCUUUGCAGCAACCAUGGCAAGUACAGGACAAAGCAAUAGAGACAGACAACAGCGCCCUACGGUGGGUAGAGGACCUGGAGCAGCGAGUCAUUGGUGCUGACCUUCACCUGAAGGCCCCCCCUCCUCAGAGUAUAGUCAACGACGCAGAAUCUAGCACAGAAGCACCAGCUGUAGAAUUUCAGCCCUACACAAUCCCAGAGCGGGACUCCACCCGGACUGACCUCCAGUACUACGAACACGACACCGACCCGCGAGAUGACUGGAUCGUCCGAACCAAGAAGGAGUGGUCUGGCCUGCCUCGCAUCGCCACUCAUCCGAUCGACUUGGCCGUGCUACGCCUUGCCAAUCUUGAGCGUAACAUCGAGAGGCGCUACCUGAAGGAGCCGCUCUGGAACCCAGCUGAGGUGAUGCGCCUCGCUCCUCUCACUCCGACACCAGGAGAAGAGCAACCUAUGGAUGUCAUUAGUUUGGAAAGUGAGAUCACAUCCAGACUCCGAACGUGGCGGCAGGCCCUGGAUCGCUGCCGCAGUGCCCCUCAGUUGUGCCUGUGUUUGCUGCAGCUAGAGAAAGCUAUUGCCUGGGAGAGAUCUGUGACUAAAGUGACAUGCCAGAUCUGCAGGAAAGGUGACAAUGAUGACUGCCUGCUGCUGUGCGACGGCUGCGAUCGAGGCUGUCACAUGUACUGCCUGAGGCCCAAGAUCGCCCAGGUGCCUGAGGGAGACUGGUUUUGUCCAACUUGUGUUGCCAAGGAGGAAAGUGCAUCACCACACUCAAAAAAGCGGACCAGGAUGAAAAAGAAGCGUUAUGAAGAAAACAGUUCAGAUGACGAUACAACAACGCGGCGGACCUCGGGUAUGGCAACACGGCACAAGGAGGCAUCAACCAACGCAUCGGCGGCGACCUCUUCGUCUUCGCGGCAUUCAGGAGAAAGCGGGGCGGCCAAGCGGCGCCGCAUGACAACGCGUAACCAGCCGGACCUCACUUUCUGCGAGAUCAUCCUUAUGGAAAUGGAGGCUCACGCAGAUGCUUGGCCGUUCCUCGAGCCCGUUAACCCCCGCCUGGUGCCGGGCUACCGUCGCAUUGUCAAGAAUCCUAUGGACUUCCUUACCAUGAGAGAAAGACUGCUGCAGGGAGGGUACUGCAGCUGUGAAGAGUUUGCGACAGAUGCUCAACUGGUCUUCAGCAACUGUGAGCUGUUCAACGAAGACACCUCUGAGGUGGGGAUGGCGGGACAUUCCAUGCGGCGCUUCUUUGAGAGCCGCUGGGCAGAGUUCUACUCGAACAAAGAGAAAUAGAACUCUGCAAGAUUCUCACCAAUGGUGGAACUGAUGACUGUUGGUGCUGUCACCAACCCUGCAAGAGGUGUUACUAAGACUGUCAGGUUUCUCCAGCUAUGUGUAUUCCUUAGGUAAAGGUCUUUUUUGGUAUUUUUUUUUUUUUUUGGGGUGGGCUUUUAUUAAGGCCUGCAACUGAUCUGACUUGAAUUUCAUACCCAAGCACCCUCACUUCAGCCCCUGUGUGUGUCCUCACGCCACUCCCUUUCACAAGUCCGAGUUUGGGGUAGACUUUGGGUCAGUCUCCCCUCUAGGACAAAGACGCUUAAUAUGGAUUUCCCUUGUUCAUUGCGUUUUUCCCAUCUGAGCGACUGCAAACUGGACCUGCUUCGUAACACCCAUUUAAAAAAAAAAAAAAGCCAGGCCAUGUUGUACCUGUUCGAAUUGUAACGUGGUUUAUGCCUAGUUUUUAUUUUCCCCUCAAUAUAUUUUUAUUAUAUAUUCUAUAUAUAAAUCUAUAUAUAUAAAGAUGACAAUAGCUGGGAUUAUUUAAUAGCAAUAGUGUGUAGUUAACAUGUACAGAUGAACUCAUAGACUUGUCUAGACGAUUAUAUGAAAAAGGCCAGUUGAUUGAAAACAAACCAUGAGUACAAUUUGUGCAACCGCUACUUAGCCGCGCACGCACGUUCACGCUGCUGCUGUGUGAAAGACACUGGUGGACUUGUGAUGGUGGGCAGUGCGUGUGGAUUCCACUCUCGAGUGACACAGCAGGCUGUACACAGAGUGUAUAGAAAUGUGCUACUUGCACUAGUUUGUGCUUUAAGGAUCUGUUGUAGGGGCAACCCAGGCUGAACGCUUGCUCUUGAGACAAGAUGACAGGUGUGUUUAAAAUGCACCUUGACUUGAGUAUUUGUCUGAAAACGUGCAAACAUCCAAUUUUGGUCGUAUUAAGAUUGUACAGAGUAGAAAUGCAGAAGAGCUCCGAAGUACUGGCUACAUUCCCGCCUGGUUACAUCGUUCUUUUGCAUCACUUUAUGUGCUGUGCACGAGUCAGCGUUCCAUGGGGCACUGUUAUGGGACUGCGGCGGGACCACACCGCAGUCCAGUUUUUAUUUAAACUUGUUUCUUACACUGACCUCUGAUCAGCUUGUAGAAUAUACAUAUUAUUCCUAUUCAAAAAGAUAAAAAAAAAAAAAAAAAAAAAAGGACCAGAAAACCAAAUGUGGUGUUACACGUGACUUUUUCAUAAUGUACAGUUUUGGUGACAUUAAAUUUUGUUCCUUUAUAUUUUUAGGACCAAUUAAUUUUUAACGGGAUGUAUUCCAAGACUCUGUUGUAUUAAGGUGAUGUAACAUGUGUGCAUCUGUAGAAUGUACUGUGAGUUGAAUAAAUAAAAAAAAAAACAUCUAGUA